ACUUUCGUUGGUAGAGGUGAAGGAUACGCACGUGUUUUUUAUCGCUACUAACAACAGACUACCACAAAGUUAAAGUUCGACGGGCCCAUAAAUCUGCCGUCACUACUUGACACUGGCAGUAUAGUCGACAACAUUAAAUUGGAGACUCGGUUGCCAUUCAAGAAAGAAAAAAAAAAAAAAAAACUCACGCGUAUUUAAAAAAUACAUUAUAUCAUAUUUAAUAGUUUGUAAGUAGAAAACUUAAAAUAUAUCGUUAAAAUGUCUGAUGAUAAGUCGUCAAAGACCAAUGGAGUUGGCCCUGAUCCCCUGCAGCGCCUGGCUUCAUUCAAACCACCCCGUGACCUUACUCUGGGGGGAAUUAAAACGAACAAAAAAGUAUUCACACCAAAUUUGAAUGUAUCCAGAAAUAAAAACAAAGGUGCACCAAAACCACAGCAGAACCAAAAGAAAGAUGAUAAAGACAAAAAAGACAGGAGAAAUGACAGAAAUAAGAACUUCAAAAAUGGGCCAAACAUUAUUAAAUCCAGCGGAGUUUUCUCAGAAGGUUUGGGAAGUGCAGAAAGACAUUCAUCACGUGUAUCAUAUGGCAGAGACACAGACACAGUCCAAACUAUGCAGAAACCUACUAUUAGGGUAAAGGAUGUUAUAAAGAUUGACAGAGAACUAGAGGAACAAAAAAUUAAGUCAGUGCUAGGAGAAAGUGGGUAUUUGGCUGAUGAUGACAGUUGUGAAGACUUCAAGAAAAUACAUGAGACAGAUGCACCCAUCAAGCUGCCCAUGGAUGAUGGUGGAUGGUCGAAAAUAAAACCGUCACUGAAAGUUAAACAGGAGGUGGUUGUGAAGAAAGAACCCGACGACGCAGGCGAUAGCGCAAUGACUGUGGUGGACGAGAAGCCUAUCCCUGACGUCAAAGACUUCAAAGACGCUUUUGAAAAUAUGGAUGUCGUCAACCUAUUGAAGACUGAUCAACCUACCCUCAUUUUGUUACAGUUGCCAGACACACUGCCGGGUCGCGGUGGCAGGAUGGAGGAUGACAUGCCUCGAAGGAAGGUGAAUGCGAAUGAUGAAGCCUCUACAUCCACCGAGGAGGAGAAACCAGUAGACAACAGAUGUCGACUGGCAGACCUAGAAGAGGGUCGUAUUGGCAAACUUCAAGUGCAUCGCUCUGGUCGAGUCAGCCUCUCGCUGGGAGACACCAUGUUCGAGGUAUGCUUAGGUACAAAAGCAGCAUUUCACCAAGAAGUGGUGUCAGUAGAUGCAGAUGAGGCAUCUCGUUCUGCAAACCUGGUGGCUCUAGGGUCCUUGCAGCACAAGCUCAACCUUGUCCCCAACUGGGAGACCAUGUUCCAUGAUAUGUCUGUAUAG